ACGUUCUCAACUCCAUCCACCCACCCCUCGACCUAUCUUCCUUGCGAAUCCGUACACCUAAACAAGCAUGGGCGCUUACAAGUACCUCGAAGAACUCUACAAGAAGAAGCAGUCGGACGUCCUCCGCUUCCUCGUCCGCCUGCGCUGCUGGCAGUACCGCCAGCUGCCGGCCAUCCACCGUGCGUCGCGCCCCACCCGCCCCGACAAGGCUCGCCGUCUCGGCUACAAGGCCAAGCAGGGCUACGUCAUCUACCGCAUCCGUCUGCGCCGUGGUGGCCGCAAGCGCCCAGUGUUCAAGGGCAUCAUCUACGGCAAGCCCGCCGCUCAAGGUGUUACCCAGCUCAAGAACCAGCGCAGCCACCGUGCCAUCGCCGAAGAGCGCAUUGGCCGUGCCAUCGGCGGUCUCCGCGUCCUCAACUCGUACUGGAUCUGCCAGGACUCUACCUUCAAGUACUACGAGGUUAUCAUGGUCGACACUGCCCACAAGGCCAUCCGUCGCGAUCCCCGCAUCAACUGGAUUUGCGAGAACGUCCACAAGCACCGUGAGCUCCGCGGCCUGACCGCUGCUGGCCGCAAGCACCGUGGCGUCGGCAAGGGUCACCUCCACAACAAGACUGCCGGCUCCUCCCGCCGUGCCAACUGGAAGCGUCGCAACACCCUCUCCCUCCGCCGCUACCGUUAAAACAGCACGCUGUGCUGCCACCCCCGGUGCGAGCUGUUGGAACACGUUGGUGUUGUCUCCCAUCUCGUUUUCUCCAGAUGUUCUGUGUGUCUGGACUGUUUGCGUGUUUGCUGCCAUUUUGUCCUCAAUAGUAGUAGAUUUGUGAGCAA